CCGCUAACUUCAGUGUGGUCAGCCAACCGGAGCAUGAGAUCCGUGUUGAGUCCAUUUUACCUCGGUGGUGUCAAACGGCAAACGUGUCGUCUCGGGCGUGACGAUAUAGUCGGUAUUUUUGGUUUAUUUUCAUUUCAGUUUGUCUGAAACGGAAACGCUUCCGUUCAAGAACAGCGAGGUCCUCUAUCCGUAUCCCACACCUCCUCCGCUAGCGUCCUGUGACAGGGCUUCUGUCUAUGAUGUGAUUGUGAAUAACUGCUGCCGAGGGAAGUUAUAAUUGACAUUAUCACAGCUGAAUGGCUGCAGCACCGGCAUGUCACGGUUUGCUUCACGCCCGGGUGCUCUUAUUCCGAUAGCCGUCUGAGUUCCGCGUCGGGAGGGACCGUUGCUUUUUGCUGGCGGAUUGAGAGAAGAGACCGCAUCCGCAGCACUGUAGUUCAACGUCAGGAAAACAACAACACAAGAUGUCUUUCUUCAAUUUUCGGAAGAUAUUCAAGCUGGGGCCAGAUAAAAAGAAGAAGCAGUAUGAACACGUACACAGAGACGUGAAUCCGGAGGAAAUUUGGGAAAUUAUUGGUGAGCUCGGAGAUGGCGCUUUUGGGAAAGUGUACAAGGCUCAAAACAAGCAGAACGGGACCCUUGCAGCUGCUAAGGUUAUUGACACCAAGACAGAAGAUGAAUUGGAGGAUUACAUGGUGGAGAUUGACAUCUUGGCGUCCUGCGAUCAUCAUCACAUUGUCAAACUGCUGGAUGCUUUCUAUUUUGAAGGCAAACUUUGGAUUCUGAUUGAGUUCUGUGCUGGCGGUGCAGUCGAUGCCAUCAUGCUGGAACUCGAGAGACCCCUGACGGAGCCCCAGAUCCGAGUGGUGUGUAAGCAGAUGUUGGAGGCCUUGACAUACCUUCAUGAAAACAAAGUCAUCCACAGAGACUUGAAAGCUGGAAACAUCCUCCUCUCCUUGGAUGGAGAAGUAAAACUUGCUGACUUUGGUGUGUCGGCUAAAAAUACCAACACUUUACAGAGAAGAGAUUCUUUCAUCGGCACUCCAUAUUGGAUGGCUCCGGAGGUUGUGAUGUGCGAAACUUCCAAAGACCGUCCGUACGACUUCAAGGCUGACAUUUGGUCCCUCGGGGUAACGCUCAUCGAGCUGGCACAGAUCGAGCCGCCCAACCACGAGAUGAAUCCCAUGAGGGUGUUGCUGAAAAUAGCCAAGGCCGAGCCGCCCACUCUGAUGCACCCCUCUCGCUGGUCACCAGAAUUUAUUGACUUCCUGCGGAGAGCGCUGGACAAAAAUGUGGACAACAGGUGGAGUUCAACACAGCUUCUGCAGCAUCCUUUUGUGACCAGUGUGACAGAUAGCAGACCUCUUAGAGAGCUUAUAGCUGAAGCCAAAGCUGAAGUCACAGAAGAGAUUGAAGAUGGCAAAGAAGAGGAGGAGGAAGAACCUGAAACUCCUGCGGCAGGUCCUGGCCACAAAAGAGCACCAUCAGAUGUCAGCAUGGCCAGCUCAGAAGAGGACAAAGUCCCACCCACUCCCUCCACCCUGGAAUCUGUUACAGAAAAGACUGAAGCUGAGCCUGUCGAAGACCAGACCAGCGAAAAGCUCUCUGAUGAGGGACUUGGAACGAGUGAAGUAGACAAGACGGAGGAGGAGAAGCUCAAUGAAGUUUCUGCCAGUUAUGAAGAUCUGGCCCCUGGACCAAUGGAGACAAGCAAGGACUUGACUUCACAAGAUUCUGCAAAGGCUAAACUAGAUGGAAAUCAAACCGAGGAGAUUGGUAAGACUGCAGAGUCAAAGCCAGAGGAACCUGUAGAUUCCUCAAAGUGUCCCUCAGAAGUUGAAGGAACUGAGGUACAGAAGGCUGAGAAGACUGAGAAAAUGGAAAUACAGAAGGAAACGACCCAAGAAACAAAAGACGAAAAGAAGAAAGAUCAAGAUAAACAAAAAGCAGAUGAAGAUUCAGUGGAAACACAAGAAAUCCCUGAAGACACAGCAACAGAAAGAAAAACUAAAUCAGAAGAAGUAGGAGAGGGUGAAGAAGAAAGCCAAGAUUUAUAUGAGGAGACCCAUGAACACAAAGUGACAGAGGACACAAUCGAAAACAUCAACAAUGAGACAGUUGAAAUUGUAGACACAAAUAAUAUACAAUCAAAUGUAAUAGAAACAAAUAUAAACAGCAAGGCUAGUGUGGAGGAGUCUUCUGCCGAGGCUGUAUUAGAAAACAAAACCACAGAAAAUCCGUCUGAGGAGACAAAAGACGAAAUCCCUGAGGAGUCAGAGCAGCCAAACCAAGAAAAUCAGAGCAGAGCGGAGGAUGAACUACAAGAACAAGCACCAAUGAAUCUUCUGGCCAAUGAAUCUAAUCAAGUCAGUGAUGAUGUCAAAAUCAUGCCAGAAGUUUCUGACCAAAGAAUUAGCUGUCAGGAUGUCUCUGUUAAGGAAGAUGGAGAAAAAGUAGCUCUUGCAGAUGAGGUCACCUCCCAGGAUGGCAUCUCUGUCCAGGAGAGUGAAACUGAUUCAGAAAGCAGGAUGGAGCAUGGAAGCCCCGCUGUGAUGAAGUCAGACACGGAGAAGGACUCUGACUCUGGAAGCAGCUCUGCUGCAGACAGCAACAGCCUCGACCUCAAUCUGUCCAUUUCUAGCUUCCUAUCCAAAAGCAAAGAAGGGGGUUCUAUAUCUAUGCAGGAGUCAAAACGUCAGAAGAAGACUCUGAAGAAGACCCGGAAGUUCAUGGUAGAUGGUGUGGAGGUCAGCGUGACGACGUCAAAGAUAGUGACAGAUAACGACACCAAAAGUGAGGAGAUGAGGUUCUUGAGGCGGCAGGAACUGAGAGAGCUUCGCCUUCUUCAGAAAGAGGAGCAAAGGGCCCAGCAGGAGCUGAGCAAUAAGCUGCAGCAGCAGAGAGAGCAAAUCUACCGGCGCUUUGAACAGGAAACUAGUGCAAAGAAACGUCAGUAUGACCAAGAAGUGGAAAACCUUGAGAAGAAGCAGAAGCAGACGAUUGAGCGACUGGAACAGGAUCAUACCAGCCGGCUCCGAGACGAAGCCAAACGCAUCAAAGCAGAUCAGGACAAAGAGCUGUCCAAGUUCCAGAACAUGCUGAAGAACAGGAAGAAGGAGGCCAUUCAGGAAGUCGGAGAGUCACCCAAACACAUGAGAAAAGAGCUCAUGAAACGAAUAAAAGAGGACCUGUCGCUCCUCCAGACUGCAGAGGCAGUGGCCCAGGUUAUGAUACAGUCUUUUCAGUUAUCCUCAUGCGCACUCUUCAACGCUCAGAUGCAGGAUGAGCAGGAGUUUCUGCAGAAGCAGCAGCAGGAGCUGGACGGAGCUCUGAAGAAAAUCAUCCAGCAGCAUAAACUAGAAAUAGCCACCAUUGAGAGAGACUGUCUCAACCACAAACAGCAGUUACUGCGAGCACGAGAGGCAGCGAUGUGGGAGCUGGAGGAGCGCCACCUGCAGGAGAAACACCAGCUGUUCAAGCAGCAGCUGAAAGACCAGUACUUCAUGCAGAGACAUCAGCUGCUAAAACGACAUGAAAAAGAGAUGGAACAGAUGCACCGCUACAACCAGCGCUUGAUAGAGGAGUUGAAGAACAAACAGAACCAGGAGAGGGUCCGCCUGCCCAAAAUCCAACGCAGCGAUGCGAAGACUCGCAUGGCCAUGUUCAAGAAGAGCCUCCGCAUCACUGUCACUGCAGCUCUGACCCCAGAUCAAGAGAGGGAACGCAUAAAACAGUUUGCUGCACAGGAGGACAAGAGGCAGAAGAACGAGAGACUCAAUCAGCACCAGAAACACGAGAACCAGAUGAGGGAUCUCCAGCUGCAGUGUGACUCUAACAUCCGCGAACUGCAGCAGCUGCAGAAUGAGAAAUGCCACCUCCUUAUCGAACACGAGACCCAAAAGCUGAAGGAGCUAGAUGAAGAGCACAGCCAAGAGAUAAAAGACUGGAGAGAAAAGCUGAGACCCAGGAAGAAGGCGUUAGAGGAGGAAUUCACACGGAAGCUCCAGGAGCAGGAAGUUUUCUUCAAGAUGAGCGGCGAAUCCGAAUGCCUUAACCCCACCACCCAAAGCCGGGUAUCCAAAUUCUACCCCAUCCCAAACUUGCAGAACUCGGGUUUAUAGCCUCGUGUUUAUGUUCCUCAAACUAAACUCCAGUUAAAGUUUUCUGUUACCCCCCUUCUUCCUGAUGGAGCUGAUUUAAUAUUUUUUUAUGGCCUCUAUUAACAUUGAAAUGCAUUUUCUGCUUUGUUUCUACAGUCAGUGAGCUUGAUGUGCCUACACAAUGUUCCCUUUCCGAAAUAUUUUGUAACAUGCACUUUCUUUGAGUAUGUGAAGAUCUCCAAGUUUGCGUUGUUAGCUGAGAUCAGCCAUGCUUGUCAGAUUAAUAUCACAGCCUGAAACAGCUUAAACAAUCUUGUGUGCCUCAUAUGCCCCCCCCCCCUCAAGGCCCUUUUUCUUUUCAUUUUUCUACUGCUUGCAGUAAAUAAAGAGCCCCAUUAAUGUUUUGCACUUAAAGCAAUGGUCCCUCUUGCAUUUCACAUUAGCCGGUGAGCAAAUCCAUUUAAAAAAAAUCUGUUUGGCUGCAUGUAAAGUAGAUCUGGGUGAAGAAAGAUGAGACAAAGGAAAUUUGUAUUUCCUGUGCACACUGCAUCUAAUGUUGUCAUUAGGCUGUAUCCAAAAAAAAAAAAAUAGAAUGUACUGUGUUUGUGUGGUUACAGAAUAAUGAAAUCCUGUGCUUAUUAAGAGCAUUUCUAUCUCCUUGAGAGACAAAUUAAUGUAUUUAUUUAGCACAUACUGUUACCCUGCCUAAACCUAAACACCUCUACCCUGUUCAGAUAAAGAAUAUAUUCACACAAACAAAUGGUUUGUUGUAAAGUUUGAACUAUAAAGGAAUGUAACUGCACUGGAUUGCCACUUGAGUUAAAUGCAGGUUUAGAGAAGUUGUCCUUUGUCUCACUGAAGCCUCUAAACUCCAGAAUGACUGUAAUGUUUUAGUUUUGUUUUCUGUUUUGUUUUUUUCAUUAUUGCAUUUGGGUUUACUUUUUGGCUGAUAAGCCUUCAUUGUUUAGUUUUCUAAUGCUGUGUGUAUCUUGAUGCUGUAAUUGCUUUAGAUUCCUGUUACUGUAUGAAUCCCAGCAUCUGAAGCCUUCAGCUGAAUUUUACAUCAUUAUAUUAGUUUAUGUUGCUGCUCCACGGUAUAUUUCCUAUAAGCUGACUUAAUUUUUUUUUUUUAAAGCUGGAUUUUUCUUUAUUUUCACCAUCCAAUCCAUACAUUUCAAUUUUUUUUAUUUAAUUUUAUUUGGUUGUAUCAUUUUUAUGAAUAAUUCUACCAUUAUGAAUAUUCCCAUUAUAUGCAUUUUUGAUGUCAGAUCUAAUGUAUUUGGCACAUCUUUAUAAAAUGCCCAUUUUUCUUUUUUAUGUAAAUAAAACGUUGACUGUU